GAAAUUUUGGAGAUCGCAGCCUGAGUGACGUGCGUCCAAGUGCGCAACAAAGCUGCUUCCUCCUCGAAACCCGCCCUUCCUACUAUCACCAACGAUCAAGCGUUUCUCGAAAAUGACUUUAGAAGACUUUGAAAAGGAGUUGGCUGAGCAGAAGGAGACUGAGAGACGGCGGGAGAGGCGGAGGGAGCGCGAAAAGUCAGAUCGUCACCACCGACACCAUCACCACCACCAUCAUCGCAGUUCUCGUCAUGAUGACUCGCGUUACGACGAAGACGGUCACCGAUUAAAGAGGUCGAGACGCUCAAGAGAUGAGGAGUUUAGGGACAGAUCAAAACAUCAUCGUCGCAGCGAAGAGGAACCGGAUAGAGAUCAGAAAGAACCCUCAAAAUCGUCCAGGCCCAACCUGAGCGAGUUGAAACGAGAUUCCUGGAUGGAGGCACCUUCAGCGCUAGACAUCGACUACAUACAUCGGAAAAAGCCCGAGCCAUCACCGCCUCAGGGAGGCUCGCUCGGUGCGGAUUUCGAAUUGAAGAUUCACGACAAAGAACUAAACCACCACUUGCGUGACCUGCAGAGCGGGAAGACUGUGGAUGACCUCAAAGCCGAACCUGCAGCGCACGAAGUUGACUAUACCUUUGGUGAUGCCGGAUCACAAUGGCGCAUGACGAGGCUGAAGGCCGUAUAUAGGCAGGCGGAGACUGAAGGCCGCAAAGUCGAAGACGUGGCGUUAGAACGAUAUGGCAGCCUCCGUGAGUUUGACGAUGCACGAGAAGAGGAGAUCGAACUCGAAAGACGCAAGACAUAUGGUGACGGCUAUGUGGGCAAAGAAAAGCCCAGCGGCGAAUUGUUCCAAGAGCGCAAACUAGAGGCUGGUGUUCGAAGACCUCAUCCUCGUCAGACCGACUUGACUCCUGACGAAGUUGUUGAACAAUUACCGGUUCCAACAUCUAGCACAACCGAUACACCCUCUGCGAAAGUGGACCAGACCCUUCUCAACAAGUUGAAGGCACAACUGAUGAAAGCUCAGCUACGGAAAGACCCUAAGGCUGCCGAACUCGAGAAAGAGUACAACGAAGCUCUUGCUGCUUUCUCCGCGCAGGAUCCCGCGGUAAUCACUCUCUCAGCCAUGGACAACCGCAUGCUGUCUUCUGCGCCGAGAAACGAGGUCAAGGCCGUGCAAAAUCGACGAGGAGCCGAGCGCGGAAAUGUUGAAGAGAACGACGACAUGACUAUUGAUGACAUGGUGCGAGAAGAGCGACGAACACGAGGCCAAGCUGGAGGCGAAGGCCAGCGGCUGGCGGAGCGAAUCGCCAAAGACGCCAAAUUCGACGACGACCUUGAAUACAUGGACGAGAAUGCAGCUAAACUUGCAAAACGCGUACACAAAUCCGAUAUGAAUCUGCGCAAUGUUGCCAUCAAUGAGUACCAGAAGCUCAACAGAAUCCUCGAAAAUUGUCCACUUUGUUACCACGAGGACACGGAAACGCCGCCAAUUGCCCCCGUCGUCUCGUUAGCCACGAGGACCUACCUGACCCUACCGACCGAACCUGAGCUGUCGCCGCUUGGUGCCAUGAUUGUACCCACGGAGCAUCACACUAACCUCCUAGAAUGCGAUGACGACGAGUGGGAAGAGAUCCGGAACUUUAUGAAGUCGCUCACGCGCCUAUAUCAUGAGCAGGGUCGCGAUGUAAUUUUCUACGAGAACGCUGCGUUUCCAAAUCGCAAACCGCAUGCGGCUCUGAAUGUGGUUCCUCUCCCGUACAGUCUCGGAGAGACCGCCCCAGCUUUCUUCAAAGAAGCCUUCCUCAGCACCGAGGACGAAUGGAGCCAGCACAAGAAAAUCAUCGACACGCUAGCAAAAGCCAAAAAGGAUGGUUUGGGGAGGCUGGCAUUUCGGCGCAGUUUGGUGAAAGAAAUGCCCUAUUUCCAUGUAUGGUUUGAGCUCGACGGCGGUAUUGGCCACAUUGUGGAGGAUCCGGAACGAUGGCCACGUGGUGAUCUUUUUGCCAGGGAGGUCAUUGGUGGCAUGUUGGGUCUGGAGCCUGAUGUUAUCAAGCGUCAGGGCAAAUGGCACAGAGGCCAUGAUAAGAGAGUGGACGGCUUCAGGAAAGUGUGGAAAAAGUUUGACUGGACACGCAUCCUUACUGAAGGCAAUGCGUAAGCUAGAAGAAUAGAGGUAUCAAUCUCAGGUCUGUAGAACAGACCAUGUUGGUCUACCCUCACUGACACUUCUUGGGGAUGGUGUAUGAUAUCUUCCAGUUAUGUUUCAGGGUUUAUUCAUACCUAGGUAUCCAGUGCCCACACAAGACAAGCAAGUCUUCGGACUGCUUCCCAACUUCGGACUGCUGGGAAGCAGAGUCAGAGUUCAGUAUAACGAAGGAAACCUGAAACUUCAGAAGUACGUGUGCCAAUUGUAGCCGAC